UUAGAUAAUUAUUUUUUGAAAAAAACAUAUCACUUUUUACUUGUAAAACCGGUCAACUUUUUUAAUUUGGAGGGUUUUUAUGAUAUAAAUGUUUAUUUGAAGGUUAAAAGUAUUAGUGAAAAAUUUUAAAGUUUAAAGUGUUAGUACGUGACAUUUUGAAUGUUUUUAUGCGAUAUUCCCAAAAAAAAAGGUUGGGGAAAUUUUACUUAUACACUUUACAUGAUACCACUUUUCACUUAUACCACCACUCAAAGGACAUUUUCAUAAAUAGCACAUUCAUUAAUUGGUAAAAGACUAAACUAACCUUCUCUUUACUUCAAUCUAUGGUCUCUUUCUUCUCCACUGUCGUGAUCCUUCUUCUCUCUCCUUUUGAAUCCACCGUCUCUCUCUCCGUCGGAUCCACCGUCUCUCUCUCCGUCAGAUCCGCCGUCUCUCUUUCUGAGAUCCAUCGUCUCUCUCCCUGUGGAGAUCGUUCUUCUCUCUCCGUUGAGAUCUGUCGUCAUCUCCGACGAGAUCCAUCGUCGUCUCCGUUGAGUUCCAUCGUCACUCUCUCUCACGCAUCUAGCGAUAAGCAAUUACGAGAAUCACGAUUCAAAACCUCAAAGAUGUUGGCUCCUCUCCACGAUUCACACUGGAGAGCUUUGUGUUUGGAGCCAGACAAAAACAAACAGUGCAACCUGGCCAUCUGCUUGAUGCGUAUGGGUCGAAUCCGAGAAGCUAAACCUCUGAUUGAUGCUGUGAGAGAUUCUUCUGCAGAGAUUGAGUUCGGAGAUGAACCGUUCACGAAGUCUUACGACAGAGCCGUUGAGAUGUUAGCAGAAGUGGAAUCUAAAGAUCCAGAAGAUGGUCUUUCGGAUAAGUUCUAUGCGGGAUGUUCAUUUGCAAACGGAACAAUGAAGGAAAACAAAGCUCCUCGAAACGCAAACAUGAACCACUCGCAUGUUCCUCCUUCUCCAGCAUCUGUUAGACAAACGUGA